AAUCGCUUCAUAUUUCCCCGAAACAGAACACUCAUUUCGUGUGUUAGUAGUACUUUGCAGAAUACGGAAACUGCCAAGAAUGGCGACGGAAGCCGAUUAUUUAUGCCUCAACGGCGGCGUUUCUAACGGCGGUAGACCAUGCCUAACGAAAAUGUCCGUUAACGAAGGAAGUGUCAUAAACCAACGGUAUUACAUUUCUCGCAGGACAGUCAUGGAAAUGCUAAGAGAUAGAGACUACGACGUCGCUGACUCGGAGCUCACUCGAUCUUUCACUGAGUUCAUUUCCGAGUUCGGUGACACCCCUGACCUUGUAAAGCUCCGAGUCUCUGCUUCUCUCCGCUCAAAUCCCUAUAAAAAGAUGCUGGUUGUUUAUAUGGGAACAGAGGAUUUAAAAUUGGCAGACAUAAGAGGUUUGUUUUGUCAGAUUACAAACAAAGAGAGUUUAAAUGGGAUGAUUUUAAUUUUACAAAGCAAAAUGAACCAUUUUGCUAGAAAAGAGCUUCUCAAAUUUCCUUCAAAAGUUGAGAUUUUUCAUAUCACUGACUUGCUGGUGAAUAUCACCAAGCAUGUUUUAGUGCCAAGGCAUGAGAUCUUGACUACAUCACAGAAGCAAAAGCUGUUGAACCACUACAAGUCUGAAGACAAACAGUUGCCCAGGAUGCUAGCGACUGAUGCAACUUCAAGAUACUAUGGAUUUGAGAAGGGGCAGGUGGUGAAGAUUAUGUACGGUGCUGGACUUGUUGAAUCCCUCGUCACUUACCGCUGCAUUACAUGAUGCUAUGAUAUUCAGAUACCAUAGGAGAGAGAUAUCAGAUACAGUUACAUUUCCUUAGUUGGUAUACACAUUGCUAUAUGCUAUCUGUUACUGGAGUUGCAGACUUGAAUAUCUCUUAUGUUUUAGUUCACAUUGAUGUAUACCACAGAAAUUGUUGAAUUAAUUAUUCUAGCUAUAAAUAUCAUGGUUAGUAUAAUUUUAACGGAUGCAAUUUUUCCAUCA